UAUGACAUCACAAACAAACAUGGCGGCGCACAGUGAGUCGCUCCAUUGAACGCCAAAACACAAUAAACGUGUUACAAUACACGACCGGGCCACGGAUGUUACACAUUGAUUUCGCUGAGCUUUAGCUUUUGAGCACCGACGAGGCUACGAAUAAAAGAAUGGUGAGCGGAAGUCGAGUCGUUUGCACUGUUUUAAUCGAACAUGUCCAAGCCGAGGACGCACUCGGUGUCUGCUGCUGCUUCUUCUUCUGGUUCUACUGCGUUCGGUGAACCGUGGAGGUCUGGUUCGAAAGCGUGCAAAACACAAGACAAGAACACGACGAGACAGGACGCAGAGGCACCACCAGGGACUGUUUGCAAAGAACUGCAGAGUCCUCAGUGCAGAAGCUACGGCAGAUUCUAUGGACAGAACCAUGGAGACUCUCCAAGUGAUAUGGAGCCUUCUCAGGACAUCAUCUGGGAUUCCACGUCGCCCCCAAAAGCGGGGAAGGACUCUAGGAAUGUCAGAUCAGUGGAAAUAUCCGACAUUGUUAAUCGCAUAGCACCAAAGGAUGUAAAACCACGAGGGCCUCAAUCUCCCCUGUGGCAGUGGAUCGGCGAUAGCACCACUUUGACUCCCGAGAUGCCCAAACCAAGAGUGAAGAAGAAGUCAAUUCGGCAAAACAGUGUGGAUGACCUCAUGAAGUUAGCCCGGAAGUUUGAUGAGAACAUGCAGCAGGACAAGGAGGCAUCAGAGCAGCUAAACACAAACAACAACAACAACAAGUCAGACACAACACAAACGCAGACAUCUGCAUUAAAUCGAACGGAGGCGGAGUUGCACGCCCUUUUUGACUCUUCCACGCAAGGAGCCAGCGGCGGAUUCAGUCCGAGCUCAUCCAGAUCGUCUCCUUCCCAGGAAGCAAGCAGUAAAGCAGAGGCAUCACAAUCAUCCAAGUUGAAGUCAGCGGGUACUACUGUAAGUGUAAGCAAGUGUGACGACUUUGAGGACGACUGGGAGAAUGACGACCUCCUUAAUGACUCAUUUAUAUUGGCCAUGACACAGAACCCAGACAGCUUUAAGACGCCGUUGGCGUCAAACACUAAACAAACUGUAUGCCAACGCACUGCCUCCAAAAAGCCUUCAGAGCCCGCUCGGGUACCCGAAUCCAAGUCGAGCAUCAGCACUCUUGAGCAACUGUGUCCCCAAGUCAGGACCACCAACAGACGCACUUUCAAGUUAGAGCCUAACCCUCGCUUCCAAACAUCCACUGAAGGUCCACCCACGUCCAGAAACACUUCAGAGAACAAAUCUGCCACCUCAAAGACUAUUUACACCAAAAUCACAGACAAAAAGCAGCCUUGCGAUGCUGCAGACUCGUCAAAAGACAUUUUAUGUGACGACUGGGACGACGACGAUGCUCUCUUCUACCAGGUGUGUGACACCGUGGAGUGGCUCUCCAAAAGCCAGCCUGAGCCAGAGAAACCAGCUGAGGCCACCGCCCGACCGACAAAGACCACCUCUGCCCCUCUGCCAAUCGACAAAACACUUCCGACAAACACCAACAAAUCACCUCGUGCCUUUGUCCGGUCUAACUCGCUACCUGAAGGAUGGCAAAGUCCAGUAAGGGGCUGGACCAGCAGACCAGGGAUGUCUCAGAGUCUACCAGAACGCCAAAAAAGCAGAAAUUCUUCUGGAAGUCAUGUUGACGUGAAAACCUGUACAGUGACUGCUGGUGUGCAGCCCUCGAAUGCUGCCUUCAAGAGGAGUGUAUGUGACUCGGCAGUGAAAAGCAACAAAGUAUUUGUCACCAACCAGAUGGCGAGAAAGUGCUCGGCAGCCGAAAUUGAGAGGAAGAAACAAGAAGCCUUGGCCAGGAGGCGACAGAGAAUGCAGGACAUACAAAAACCAUAGCAUGCACAUACCGGAUGACAGUGCCUUUGUUGCUAUAGUGGUUUAAAAAAAAAUGUAGCAGAAAGACACGUUUGCUGCUUGCGUGACACUGAAAGGAUAAUCAGAGAGAUUAAACUUCAUUGUGUGACUUUC